AUGAGGGUUCCACACUCAUACUACCCCCAGUCACCCAUGUUUGCUGCUUUGUUACUCUUCUGUUCUUCUACAUCCGUUGAUGCAGCCAAAUGUUACAACCCCAACGGAGAACUCGCCCCCAACGACCAGCCCUGCUUCCCCCAGAACCCCGUCUCCGCGUGCUGCGGCGGCAGCACCUUCGUGUGCUCGACCAACAACAUGUGCGCGCACUACUCCGGCCAAUACUUCGUGAUAGGCAGCUGCACCGACAAAGCCUGGAACUCGCCCGCCUGUCCAGGCUACUGUUUUUUCCGCGACCACAUCCACAACAGCGUCUUCCGCUGCUCUGCAGAUACCUACUGCUGUGCCGACGGGCCCGCCUGCAACUGCACCACCGGCAGGAACACGCAGGACAUUGCCGACUUUCUUCCGCCGUAUUCGCAUCUCGUCGGCUCGGACGUGAGGCUUAAUACCGCCGUCGCGACCAGCUCAUUGUUCACGCCUGUCGGGGCUUCGAAACCAAUCACUUCCGCUCCGGCUUCAACGGCUGAGAGGUCCUUCCCAGCCACAUCCGUUUCAACUACGACUUCCUCGUCGGUUUUCGAAUCCCCCGCACGAUCCUCCCUAGACGCAGAAGCAGCCACAGCUUCUCCCAUCCCUUCACCCUCACCACCAGAAGGCAAUCAGACCCUCAAAAUCGGCCUCGGCGUUGGAAUGUCCCUCGGCGGGGUAGCCGUCUUUCUGCUCGUGCUACUCGGGCUCCUGUGGCGACGGUCAAAGAGGAAUAAGCGUCCAAUCGCGAUCCCGCGUCCCGAGCAUCCGUAUCCGUAUCAAACUCGUCUUUCCUUUUCAUCUCCAUCUCAUCCCCGCGCUCAGGCCGAGGUCCCCGGCUAUCUGAAGUCUUCGUCGCAUCAUCUGCGGGCCAGUUCGGCUGAGUUGCCGGUUUAUGAGGCGCCGGGGCAUGGGAUGUAGUAUCUUGAGUGUCUUGGGAGUAGUGAGGGAUAUAUGUGGUUGGGGUGGGUGAUGGGUUCUUUUACUUUUGGGACUGCUUUCUUGUAUAUCGUAC